GGUUUUUCAUUUUGUUAUUAUCAACACACCUCACCAGAUGAUCAUAUGUUGCUCACUCUACCAGAUGAAAACAACAUUAAAUUUAUCUUUGAAAUAAAAUCUAAUUCUUUAACAUGUUAUUUAAUUAAUUUGAAUUUUGGGAUUAUUCAAUUUGUGUAAUUAUGACCUUCUGGUUUCAUAGGAAUCCACUAAAAUCCACCACUGCUGUACCGUUUGACCUAAAAUUGGUAGCUACAAAUGCAGAAGCUGUCAACAUUUGCAAUGAACUCAGGAAGAACCGUAUCAAAUUGAUUGAAAAUUUGUCAAACUUAGCCAGUGAUGAAGAAGCUGUCCAAUCAUUGCUACAUACCUAUCUUGGCUUAUUGCGAGGAUUUAUUGAUAAUGCUGAUACUAGUGCAGGAACUGACACAAGCAGAUUAAGACAUGUUUGUAAAUUCAAAUGGAGUCAUUCAAUGCUUGGCUCAAAUAUUAUCUCUCAAAGCGAUAUGAUGUAUGAGUUUAUCUCGAUCAACCAAGAAUAUGCAUUCUGGCUAAUGAAAAAGGCAGCCAUUCUAGCCCAUCAAGAAUCCCCAACUGAUGAACAAUUGAAAAAAAUUCACCGAACUUCCCGAAAGUGUGUUGGUAUUUUAGAGGAAAUGAAGACUAAUUACUUACCCCGAUUGAUUGAUACUGGCACGAAUGGUUCGGAUCUUGAUAUCAAAGUAAUGGAUGCCUAUAUUUCUCAGUGUAUUGCCGAAGCUCAAGAAGUCACCAUCUUUCGAGCUAUUCAAUUGAAACAUUCACCUUCUUUGAUUGCUGCCCUUACUCAUGAAACCUCACAAAAAUUCCUGGAAGCAGCUAUGUCGAUCAAAGCACUGGAUAUCACAAAGUUUGGUAAAUGGAUGCAUUACUUUCAAAUCAAAUGUUGUUGCUACGAUGCAUUGACUUACAGCUUUUAUGGAGACAAUUUACUCAAUAUGGAAAAAAGCGGUGAAGCUAUCAGAUGUUGUCAAGAAGCCAUGAAAAGGAUUGAAGUUUUGGCUCCAUUAAGUAAAGAGUAUUUUAAAAUGAAAGGUUACGGAGCAGCUCCGAAGUCAGAUCAAACCGGAUUCUUUCAGCGCGUUAAAGCAUGUCUUACACGAAUCAAAGACAAAUGUGAACGAGAAAACGGAAUGAUAUAUCACCAAAAAGUGCAUCCUGAUCUUCCAAAACUUGACUUAAAGGCAACUCAUGGAAUUGUUGCUCCCGAUAAUUACAUUAUCCCUGAAAUUAGCAGCCUCUGGACACCUUUUGCUUGUACAGCUUUUGACCUGACAGUUCCCUUGAGAGACUUAUCUAUCAAGGAUAACAAGAAACCAUAUGAAGAUGGCCCUUCACCACCGAAAGAAAAAAGCAGUAAAUCUAAAAAUGAUAAAAAGUCUCCGAAGACAUAAUCAUUUGAAGGCUUUGGCUAAUGUUUUUAAUACAUUCCUUUAUCAACUGUCAAGUCAAAUAUUUGAAUCUUUUGUUAACUGCAUUUUUGACUCGUCAAGAAAGGAAAGCAGUAUUUUGAAAUUUUAUAAUAUAUAAAAAUCAAUUAAAUUGUAUCAUAAAUCAUAAUGAUUGGGCUUUAUUUGUUAUUUGUGUGCUUCAUAUAUGGCUAAUGAACAAGAAAUGAACAAGAAAAUAAUCAUUUGUUUUCUCGGUAAUUGUUCCUGUAAUAAAUACUCUUAGAUUGAUUUAAGAUUGAAUUUUGAAUGA